UUAAUAUGAUAAACUCAAACUAUUCCCCCAAAAUAUUGGUUGCAAUCUGGGUUUCAUUGGAUCUAAUUUUCAGCGAUUUCCUGUGUGAUUGAAUUUAUUCCAAAACACUUAGUUUUAUUGAGUACACUUCAUAGUAUUUUGGCUUUGUUUGAUUCCUGUUCUGUAUAUUUAUUGUCGUCCAUUUCCGUCUGCUUGGAUAUUUUAGACGUAAAAACGCAGGAAAAAAGACUUUGAGACGUUGUGCUUGACAAUGACUGCAGAAAAUACUUUUACAAACAAUCGUGGUUCGACCAUUAUUACAAGGCAAUCGAUGGAAUUGGGGACUGCAGAAUCUGAUUUCCAGAAUUCUGACGUUGCCUGUAUAUUGCAACCAGACCGGAAGGAGAAUGCAGACUGUGCCUUUGUUUUUGGAUUUUUAACAUGUUUCUGCUGCAAUAUACUCGGUGGUCUUCUCGCAUUGUACCUUGCAAAUGAAGCCAGCAAGGAGUUUGAAGAGAGGAGAUAUGACAAAGGAGUCUCGUUACGAAGAUGGUCCUAUCUACUCAGUUUUAUCGCACUAUUGCUUGGGAUCACAACACUGGUUCUGAUAUUCACUGGCUAUAUUUUCAAAAUAGUCUGAACAUCAUUUCUUCUUUAACUAUUACAAAUAUAAUUGUUUUAUAUAUGAUGCAUGCUUUGACUAAUGAAAAAUGAAAAUCUUUUGAUUGAGCAAUAACAAUACCUUACUUUAACCAGAAGCGAAGGGGCGACAUCGCUCACCUGAGUGAAAUUGGCCAUAACAAAACUAACAAAAGAAGCUUCAUGGUGUCAAAUAAACAAAUAAAUAUAUCA